AUGAUGAAUUCUGAUGGUACAGGUGCAACAGGACAAUUAGAUGAUCAACAAAUGAUCACUGUAACUGAUCGAGAAAAUUAUAUUACACGAUUAACAAAUCAUUUUGGUGGUAAUCGUGAUUUAGCUGUACGUUUUGAUGAUGUUGCUUAUAAUAGAAGUGGAGGAAAAUCAUUACUCUAUCGACGAAUAAUACAAACAUUAUGGCAACAAAGAAAUCAACAAAUACAACAACAACAACAACAACAACAACAGCAACAGCAGCAGCAGCAGCAAUCGAUAAUGAAUUCACAAGGUCAACAACAACAACAAAUGUACAUGCAAUCUCAACAAACACCAAUGAAUGUAAUACCUCAACAACAGCAAUUACCACCUCAAACAUCAUAUACAAUGUCAGCACCACAACAAUCGUCAAUGAUGAAUAUUAAACAAGAACCACAAAUUCCUUUAUCUAAUAUUCAAUCAAGACCACCGCAACAAAAUUUUUCAAUACAACAACAACAACAACAACAACAAAUCAAACAAGAAUUAAUGGCACCACCGAUACAACAACAGCAAUCUGGACUUCAAGUUCAACAAAUGCGAACACAACAACAACAACAAUUGCCACCUCCACCACCACCGCCACCACAAUAUAUACAACAACAACAGCAGCAAACAUCAGUUUUACCUUCUCAACCUACAGCAAAUGUAUCUCAACAACGUACUCUUGCUCAGCAUCUUCAACAAGUACGUCAACAAAAUCAACUUAAUCAACAACAAGAUUCAUCUAAUUCUUCUCAAUUAUCACAACAACAACAACAACAACAACAGCAGCAACCAACUAAUUCUACAGUACUACCACAAUCAUCAUCAUCAUCAUCAUCUGGUAGUCAAGAUGAAAUUCUUCAACAUAUUCUUACUAGUCCAAAUCCACCUAAACAACCACCGACUGUUGCUCAAGUUAGACUACGUACCAUGAAUCGAAAUGCUCGUAAUCAAGCAGUAUCAAUUAAUCAAGCCGUACAACAACAACAACAACAACAACAACCACCACCAAGUACAAUAGCAUCAGGGUCGGAUUCAAUGAUGUCUUCUAGUAGUAAUAAUGCUAUUCAAUCACCUCAUUCUCAUCCUGGUAUGAUGCAACAACAACAACAAACACCUAUAGGACCACCUGGUCAAAGUCCAUUAGCACGUUAUAUGAUGGCUCAAUCACCACAAGGCGGUGUCUAUCGUCCACCAAUGUCACCAAUGAAUAUGAUAAAUUAUACUGGUAGUCCAACAAUGAUUGAUGAAGAAAUGCAUUUUCUAUUUAAAUUUUUUACUGAACGUAUUCAAUAUUUAACUCGAAUAAUUGCACGAUGUCAACAAGAAGGUCAAUCUGAUAAAGUAGCUAAAUAUCGUCAAUUGCAUGAUCAAAUAUCUGCUUUUAUUCGAAAUCUCAUUCCUGAACAUUUAAUGGCUGCACGUCGUCUUAAAGAACAUGUUGAUCGUAUGCUUGGACCAAUAAUGAUGCCACCAAUGAAUGAUAUGUCAACAAUGUCUCUAUCAAAUACAAAUGGUACUCGUUUAAUGACAAAUGGAAUAUUUGAACAAUGUCAACGUACAAUAGCUGAUUAUUUAAAUAAAGAUUCAACAUUAAAAUAUAAUAUUGCAAAACGAUUUUUAGAACCUUUAAGUGAAGUUCUUAAUGGUGUACCACAUAAAAGUAUACGAUUGGAUACAGAAUCAAAACAAAUAGUCGAACCGAAUCUAUCUUCCACAAAUAAUCAUUCUUCAACAUCAUUAAGAAAUAUAAUCGAAAGUGAAUUUGCUCAUUUAUCGACAAAUACAUUUUCUUAUGAAUUAAAACCUAUGCAUGAUAAAAUAUUACCUUCAUCAUCAAUUCUUAAAAAUAAAGAUUCAAUUAUAAAUGAUUAUGAAUUAACAUGUCGUCUUACUGAAAUAAAUAUGCCUAUAGUACCGCCAUUAAAAAUGAAAUUAACAGUUCAAUAUCCAAAUGAACCACCUGAAAUUCUUUCAUUAACAUCUACAACUAUGAAUAUAACGCCAAUUAAAUUGGAAAAUUCGGAUGGUAAUACAUUUUUUGAAUCAAUCUCGCGAAAUUUUGUUCAUUUUUUAUUUAAAUUACCAACUCAACAUACUGUUACUGAUGUUUUAGAUAUAUGGCAUACUGCCAUUCGAAAUGCUUCCUUUUCUCAAAAUGAAUCAUAA